AUGGGAAUUGAAAGGAAGAAACCAUUAAUUUUUGGUCCAAUGUUGGUUGACAUUAUUUUUAGAGAGAAAGUUACAGGGAAAAAUAUGUUGGAGAAUUUGGAUGACAUUGUCUUGGUAGAAUCUGAGUCUGAGAAUGUCGUGGAGAAAGUGAACAUAUUGGGUGAUGAAAUUGUAGCAACAGAUGAUGUGCCUUUGCGAGUGCCCGAGGUUGGAAUGAAGUUCAAUGAUGAAAAUGAAUUGUUUGACUACUACAAAAAAUUUGUGUAUGCCGAAGGUUUUCCAGUCAGGAAAAGAAAUUCCAAAAAGGAUAACGAUGGUAUUGUGAGAUAUGUGACAUUAACUUGUAGUCGUGAAGGAAAAAGAAGUAGUACUACAAUUGGUUCUUUGAAACCGCAACCAACCAUUCAGACAGGUUGUAAGGCGAGGUUGACUGCAUCUAUGGACAGUCGCGGAAUAUGGAGAAUAAACACAGUAAAUUUGGAGCAUAAUCAUAAAACAAGUCCAUCCAAGUCGAGACUAUAUCGAUGUAAUCGAGAGUUGAGCACUCAUGUUAAACGGCGGCUACAAGUUAAUGAUAUGGCAGGAAUUCCAUUACAUAAAAGUUUCAACUCUGCAGUAGUCGAAGCAGGUGGAUACGAAAAUAUGGCGUGCAUGGAAAAGGAUUGUCGAAACUAUAUUGAGCAAGUUCGGCGUCUGAGACUUCGAGAAGGGGAUGCUGUAGCAAUACAAUCAUACUUUUCGAAAAUGCAAGCCACUUGCGCCCCGUUUUACUUCAGUAUGGAUUUGGACGAAGAUUCGAGGCUAAAGAAUGUGUUUUGGGCAGAUAAUAGGAGUAGGCAGGCGUAUAAAGAAUUUGGUGAUGUCGUCACAUUCGAUACCACAUACCUCACCAAUAAGUAUGACAUGCCGUUUGCUCCUUUUGUUGGAAUUAAUCAUCACGGACAAUCUACUCUGCUUGGAUGUGGGCUGGUCUCGAAUGAGGAUACAGAUACAUUCGUCUGGCUAUUUAGGACAUGGCUGCAGUGUAUGCAUGGAAAAGCUCCCCAGGGUAUAAUUACUGAUCAAGACAAGGCAAUGCAGAAUGCAAUUGCAAUUGUGUUCCCCGAUACGAAACAUAGAUGGUGUUUGUGGCAUAUAUUGAAAAAGUUACCGGAGAAGUUUGGAUAUCACGUGGACAAGGGUUCAAUAUUUCAUGCUAUACACGGUUUGGUUUACGAUUCACAAUUUGUUGAAGAAUUUGAAGAUGGAUGGAGGGUAAUGAUUGGUACAUAUGAUUUGCAUGAUAAUGCAUGGUUGUCCGGACUGUACGAUAACAGAUGUCGAUGGGUUCCAUGUUAUUUUAAAACCAGCUUCUGGACAGGAAUGUCCACAACUCAACGCAGUGAGAGUAUGAACGCGUUCUUUGAUGGCUAUGUGCAUUCAAAGACUUCGUUAAAGCAGUUUGUCGAACAAUAUGAACGGGCUUUGAAGAAUAAAGUUGAGAAGGAGAUUCAAGCUGAUUUCAAGUCUUUAGUUGAGAAGGAGAUUCAAGCUGAUUUCAAGUCUUUCUCACAAAUGGUGCCAUGUGCGACAAGGUAUGAAAUGGAGAAGCAAUUUCAAGCUGUAUACACCAUUGCAAAGUUUAGAGAAGUUCAAGAAGAGUUUACCGGGAAGCUUUAUUGUGACUUGAUCUCGACUUUGGAGGGAAGUUGGGGGACAACAUAUGAGGUGUGCGAGGAACAAAUAAACAAUGAGCAAUCGCACAGAAAAACGUUCUCCGUCUCUUUUCAGCGAGAAGAUUGCCAAAUUGUUUGCAGUUGCCACCUAAUCGAAUUUCGAGGAAUAAUAUGCAGGCACAUGAUUGCAGUAUUGAUUCGUAAUGGCAUCAAACACGUACCGGAUAGGUAUGUACUACGGAGAUGGCGGCGAGAUGUAAGUAGAUCCCACACAAGGGUCGCAGUUCAUUACGAUGGGUUGACUAGUACCCCGGGGCAGUUAAUGUAUGACAAACUGUGUCAGUCUUUUGCUAAGUUGGCGGACUUGGUCGCAGAUGAUGAAAGCAGAGCUGCAAGUAUACAAAAAUGGAUCGAACAUGAAUGUGAAAUGGUAACGACAACGAAGUCGAAUGUUGUUAGUAAUCUCAUGUCUCCACAUAGUACACCACUAGCAUCGCAAUGUGGGCCAUCACAAGAAACUAUGAAUAGUGGAGUACGUGAUCCUAAGUGUGCGAAGAGAAAGGGUGCACCGAAGAAACUUCGCAAGAAGAGCCCGUUGGAGCCUAGUUCAAACAAAGCAAAGGGGAGUUCGAGUAUCUCCAAAGGAAAUCGGCCGAAGGCACGACCAAGUAAUGUUGGCGUUGACGCACAUAUCGUUCAAGUACCUCAACAGUCACAACAUUGCAUGACGACACCGUUCACGUAUUCACAACUCCUAAUGGGUGACAGUCAAAGUCUUGCAUUCACACAACAAAGUUUUAUACCUUCGUCCGGCAAUCAUGUUCACUUCCAUGGUCCAGGAAAUGCCAUACUUGUACCCACGCUUACCGGACCGAGAUGGAGGAAACUCACAUUUUCAUGGGAAAAAGGCACCAUCUGGAUAAGUUUUUCCAUGCCAAGUCGUCCAUGUGAAGUUGUUGCAGGAAACUGUCAAAUCGGAGAUGUCAUGGAUAUGAACUAG